AUGCCCCGAUCCGCCAUUGUACAAGAGUACAACCCCACUCCCACGCUCUCGGUCGACCGCAAAACCGCCCAGCACCAGCAUGAAGGCAUCGUCGCGCGUCCAUCGGGCUACCGAGUGUCAUGGCACGCCAACCCGGCCGUAGAGCUGCACCACUUUGGCCAGUCACACCCGAUGAAGCCAUGGCGACUCACCCUCACCAAGCAACUCGUCCUUGCAUAUGGCAUGCACCAUGCAAUGGACCUAUACCACUCGCGCGCCGCGACACCCGAAGAGCUCAACGACUUUCACACAUCCGACUACCUCGAGUUCCUACAAAACGUGAUUCCUGGUGAUAUGGAGAAAGCCGAUCUGAGCGAGUCAAUAGCUCGCUUCAACUUUGGUGACGACUGCCCGAUCUUCGACGGUCUCUUCCAAUACUGCUCGCUCUACUCCGGCGCCUCCAUCGACGCCGCCCGCAAGCUCUGCAAUAACCAGGCCGACAUAGCAAUCAACUGGUCCGGCGGGCUACAUCACGCGAAGAAGGCCGAAGCCAGCGGCUUCUGCUACAUCAACGACAUUGUCCUCGCCAUCCUCCAGCUUCUCCGCGUCCACCCGCGCGUCAUGUACAUCGACAUCGACGUUCACCAUGGCGACGGCGUCGAACAAGCCUUCUGGUCCUCCGACCGCGUUCUAACCGUCUCCUUCCACAAAUACGACAAGGAAAACUUCUUCCCAGGGACCGGACCCCUUGACAGCACGGGCCCCACGCACCCGCUCAACCCAGGCGCACACCACGCCGUCAACGUGCCCCUCAACGACGGCAUCGACGACGAUUCGUACGUCCAGCUCUUCCACGACGUCAUCGGUGCCUGCGUCGAAUCUUUCCGCCCCUCCGCAAUCGUCCUCCAAUGCGGCGCCGAUUCCCUCGGCUGCGACCGCCUCGGCUGCUUCAAUCUAAACGUCGCCGCGCACGGCGCCUGCGUCGCCUUUGUGAAAACAUUCAACCUCCCCCUCCUCGUCGUCGGCGGCGGCGGCUACACACCCCGCAACGUCUCCCGCGCCUGGGCCCACGAAACCUCCAUCCUCAUCGACGCCCAGGAUAAAAUCGACCCGGAGAUCCCGGAAAACGUCACCUUCCGCAACCACUUUGGGCCCGACUUCUCGCUCUUCCCGCCGCUCUCCGAGAUGCGCAAGCUAGAGAAUAAGAACUCCCGAGCGUACCUGCAGAAUAUCGUGCAGACGAUCCGCGAGCAGCUGAGGUAUAUCCAGACUGCGCCGAGCGUGCAGAUGUCGGUUAUCCCGCCAGAUCUGCUGGGGCUUCGCGAGGAUACAGAGAAGGAGAUUGAGGAGGAGAUUGCGCGGUUGGAAGAGGAGAGGGAAGACGAUGGUGUUGGAAAGAGUUCGAGACGCAGGGAUGCAGAGAAGGGGAGUGGACUCAAGGGGGAGUUGUAUUCGUGA